AUGGCCACUCAACACUCCUCGACGCCAACGUCCAACACAGCCUCAGUCGCAAGCGCGACAUCGUCCGGAGCGCGACCAUCGUGCACGACAGCGGUUCCGGGCCAAUACGGUAGUGUGCCCAUCGACGCGUGCAAUUCUUAUUAUCCCUUUGAUCCUAGCUUCGAAGGGAAUCUGGCGUUUGCGGUCAUCUUUGGGCUGUCGCUGGUCGCACACGUUACACAAGCCGUAGUUCAUAGAAAGAGGUUUUGCUGGGUGAUAUCCAUGGGCGCUUCAUGGGAAUGCGCAGCCUUCAUCCUCCGAUCUCUUGGCUCCCGAAACCAACAGGAGAUUGGAUACCAGAUUGGUGGACAGCUUUUGUUUCUCCUCGCACCGCUGUGGAUCAACGCCUUCGCCUACAUGUUGUCGGCCAGGCUCGUCUACUUUAUACUGCCCGAUCAAAAGGUGGCCGGCAUCAAGGCCUCGGCGCUCACCAAGAUAUUUGUCACGGUAGAUGUCGUCUGCUUCCUGGUGCAAGCGGCCGGCGGUGCGAUGAUGUCCAACACGGACGUCUCUCCGGACGACCCCAUCUUGCGGAUUGGCAAGCAUGUGUACAUGAGCGGCUGCGGGCUGCAGCUCGGCUUCAUCGUCAUCUUCUGCGGGCUGAUGGGUCGCUUCUAUGUAAAGAUGCGGCGGGCGCAGAGGUUCGACCUCGAUGUGAGACGGAUCAAGGCCAUGGUGUGGGUGGUGUACGUGGUCUUGGUUCUUAUCGUGAUCCGGAUCAUCUUUCGGUUGGUCGAGUUCGGGCCCGGAGCGGACAUUGACAAUCCCAUCUUAACCAACGAGAACUACGCGUUCGGGCUUGACGCACUGCCCAUGGUGCUUGCGCUCGUGCUCCUCAACGCCGUGCACCCGGGUAUUGUGCUGAGGGAGGAGAAUAGCGAGUUUCCUCGGCCGUCGAGGGCAGAGAAGAAACAGGCAAAACUCGAUCGGAACGCCGCCAAGCGCGAGUCGAAGCUGGCCAAGAAGGCCGCGAAGAACGAAAAGAAAGCAGGCAUAGAGGUUGACGACGGCGAGUAUGUCAUCAUGGAAGAGAGAUCGCCGGCGACGGAUCAGCAUGACAGCGGUGACAGGGCCGGCGCCACCGGGAGGGGGCAAGCGUAA